ACUAGUGUUGUCUAGUGUUGAUGUCAGACGUCGGGAUGGAGCCGCGGCCGCCACUGCUUCUCUUCGCUCUCCUCUCCCUCCACUUCUCCUCCUGCUUCCUGCUGGCCGCCGCCUCCCUCUACAACACCACCGACCAGCUGGUCAUCCUCGACCACAGUAACUUCUCCUCCACCGUCCACGGCUCGCCCUCGGCCUGGGUGGUGGAGUUCUACAGCUCCUGGUGCGGCCACUGUAUCACCUUCGCUCCCACCUGGAGGCUGUUUGGUGCUCACCUGGCGGAUUGGGAACACACGGUGAAAGUUGGCGUCCUUGACUGUGCCGAGGAUGAUAAUGUGCCCAUAUGUCGAGAACAUGAAGUUAUGGGUUACCCAACUGUCAUGCUAUUUGCUGCUCGCACAAACAAGGGAGAUGUGGGCACGGAUAUGAAACGGUCUUCAACGAUAGAGGAGAUGGGCAACUCUGUCAUCGACUUCCUCGUCGAGAAGCAGAGGGCUAAUAAUGGCUCUUCAUCAUGGGUAAAUCUUCAACCAUACCGAGGAGCAGCAGCUGAUGCAUGGUCAGAAGUGCGGAAUUAUGGAACUGUAGAGCAUGUGAUAGUUAUUGUUGAUGUUCCUAAAUCUUAUAGAAGUUGGAGUACCAUUCUUGACCUUGGAGGUUAUUCCACUGUUGCUGUUCGGUACAAGGAAGUAGAUAUAAAUGAUGCCAGAGAGUUUGGCUCUGUAACUCUUCCUGUCGUUAUAUUCAUUGAUAAAACUGGGAAGGAAGAGGUUGUGAAAGAUGCUCCCAAAACCCGUGAAGAACUGAAAGAAAUGAUAAUGAAAAAACUUGGUCUAAAUCGAGGAAUGUUACCAUACAAGACCAUCUUCUCAGGACGAAAAACUGAUGCUUCUAUGAAGAAGGAUGAUGUGGAAGGAGCUGGAGAUGGGCAGCCAGAAGAAAUAAACAGCGAUAUAUUAAACUAUGAAGACGAUUUGCCUGAUACAGCGUUUACUGGGACAGAGAGAGAAGACCAAGUGUACAUGGUGGAUAUUGAAAAUGCAAUUUCUUAUGCAUUAGGUCAUGAAGUCAUACAGUUUAAAGUUAUCAGUGGAGAAGCACUUAAAUCUCUGCAGGAAUUCUUAGAUGUACUUGUAAGAUAUCUCCCUGCUAGACCAGUUGUCCAUAAGUUCCUAUCAAAGCUGUAUAAAUAUACUCUCAGUCAUGGGGACAACAUCAAUGGGGCACAGUUUGCUAAAGUUAUGAAGUCCAUACAAGGUGCAGAUACUGUCCUACCGAGUCAUCAACCAUGGAUUGGGUGUCUAGGAAGUGAACCCAGGUACAGAGGUUACCCUUGUGGUCUUUGGACAACAUUCCACGUGCUGACUGUAAAUGCAGUACUUCAGGAUGGAAAUAGCGAGUUCUACAAUCCCAAGAAAACAUUACGAGCUAUUCAUGGGUAUGUGAAGCAUUUCUUCUCCUGUAAAUAUUGUUCACAGCAUUUCCAAGAGAUGUAUGCAGAGGAUGCAGAAUCUUCUGUAAAUGUAGCAGAUGAUGGCAUUCUCUGGUUGUGGAGAGGGCAUAACAAAGUUAACAAGCGUCUUAAAGGGGAUGCGACCGAGGAUCUGUUACACCCAAAGCAGCAGUUUCCCCCCAAAAAAUCAUGUCCAGCAUGUUGGAAUGAAAGUGAAAUGAGUGUAAAGGAAGUUCUGACGUAUAUGAAAAAUAUUUAUGCGAAGGGGGCACUGUCAUUCAGAGGGACCCAAACAAUUUCAGUUCCAUUGAGAAACAAACUGGCUAAAGUCAGGGAAGAGUUGGAUAAACACAAACAAAAGGAAAAGAUCACACCAAAAUUGCCCGUGAAUAAGAAGCUUCAAAAUAUUAGCGAGGACCAAGCUCUUCGUCCGUUGAAUACAUGGGGCUUCAACAGCACCGAUGUUAGCCUUUGUGUGUUCCUGUAUGGGAUCUCAACCGUCAUCAUAAUGUGUGUUUACUGUAUGGUUGUAAUCAGAAGGAAAAUGAGAAGAAGAAGGUUCUUAGAGGCAUACAAAUUGCCCAGCAGAACAGAGGACGUAAACCAAAAAGCUUCCCAAGAGUACAUUGAAAGCAUUGACAAUCAUCACAAGGUGGAGGAGUAAUGUCUUGUGAUCUUUAAUCUAUGUUCACAUUACCAUACUUGUAAUGCACUAUACGUACAUACAGGCUAUCAAGCUACUGGCUCAAUUGAAAUCUUUCUCGAGCGAUUUAUUCAGGUUUUUUCAACACGCAUUAUGAAAUUUUGUUUCCACCUGUGCUUUAGUUUGAUCUAUGUAAAAACCAUUAGAAAGUGCAAAUGAUAAGUUUUACAUUCACAUUUAUUUAUUUAUACAAUGUACGUAUAUGCUGUACUACACUAAUUUUGAAGCCGAGGCCUCAUAGAUGUCUCUCGACUCGGGAGUCAUUUGGACCACCAGGACAAUUUCCAGCCCGUUCUCAUAAUCAAAGGCCAAAGUCCAUUCCAUGCACCCGCCAAACCUUGUUUAUGAAUGAAUAACAGUUUACACACACUCAAUUGAUGACGUCCCAAAACUUCUGGAAUAAGUGCUUCGGUGACAACUUUUGUUCGAACUACAAUGCUGUCAGUGCUUCACCCAUGAACUACAAAUAAUCGCCAACAGAACAUAAACACUUAACCUAACCAAUGCCUAAAUAUGCACAAUAUGCUAAUAUAUAACAAUAUUAAUUAAUAUUUGAGAAAAUCCCUAUUUUGAAUGAACAGCAUGUUAAUAUUUAUGAAUGCGUCUUUGGGGUUGACCGCUGGAUGGAAUGGACUUGAUUUGAGGAUGGGUUGCAAUUUUACUACACUAGGCUCCCAUGAGCUACUCUCAAAGCCUAAUAAGGAUUAGAAAGUAUUGAGGCCAUGUGAUGGGGUCACACCCACAUUCCCUAGACAUUUCAGGCACACACACACUACCAAUCUUAUGGUACAGCCUCAAUAUUUCCUACUAAGGAUCUUUGCAAGUGGUGGUGUCUGAGAUAAUAGGUGGGCAAGGGAAACAAUGGUGAGUAACUUAAGUGGCCUCAGAGGGACCAGCCCACUUUGACACACAACAGGGAGCAGUUACCUUGAACACCUUCUCCACCCCUAAAGUGUUAAAUUAUCAACACAUGGAACACUAAUUAGUGCUCUGUAAUUACCAUUACCAAUUAAACUAACUAGUGUCAACUGACAAAACUGUAUUAGUAACUAGGGUCGAAGAGAGUUACCAUCUUGCUGUUUGUAUAGUGACCCGCCAUAACUAUCUUGAGCUCUCCAGAGACCAGCAAGGUUGUUUUUGGCUACUUUUUCCCAAUGAGUGUUGUAUCAGGACAAUGAUUUAUCUCCUUUUAUAGGUUUUCUUCGCUGUGUGUUUAACUUGAUAUAUUUUUGUUCCAUUGGCUAUAGCUAUUCACUACAGCUUUGUUUCAUAGUUAAAUUCCCUGGCACUGUUUGACAAAUAUCAACGGCCCCAGAGAUAAUUUUUCUGAAGUUUCAUGGAGUUGCUUUUGUAUGGAUUAGUUCAUGUUGAAUUCUUCCCUGGCUUUGAUUGUGCCUAAAAAAAUUGUUCCAGGGCUGCCUCCUGCCACUGAGUUUUUUUUUACCAAGACACUGAUUUGGAGCUGUGUUCAUUCUGGCUGGCUGUGAAUUUAAAAGAUGCACCAAGGUUUUACUGUAUCUGAUAGCCAUUCUUACCACCUCCAUCUUCUUUAUCCUCCUUUGAUCAUGAUCAAGGUGGCAGCUUCUGCAGUUGAAGACCUCUUGUCAUUCUACCCUGCCAUUCAUCACUCUCUCCUGUGGUAGUAUUGUAUUGGUAUCACUGGAUAUUUUCAUAUCUUUCAUUUUCUGUUCCUCACCCCAUGGUUCAUAGCUCCUUGUUCCUAGAUAUGUCUGUCCCGGCUUCCCUGACAAAUGGUUAAGUUGAAUUAGCUGCAGGUUUACCCCCCAGGCUCAUGACUUCAUAGUGCACCAUUCUCACUGCUUUCCUGCUGUGUCCUACUCUGAUGUUAGAACCCAUGGAUUCUGGAGAUUGGAUUAGACUUUGACAGCUUAGUACCUUCCAAAUUAAAUUCAUCCAUGUCAUUAAUAACUGAAUUGGUGGAAUGCUUGGGUAGGUCAAUAACUUGGUGCUGCAUUCAUCUGCAGCUUGUGUCAGCAUUACUCUGUCUCUAGCUUGUAUUAUUGCCCUAUCUAUUUUGUUCCUAAUUUUAUCUUUCAGUGAACAUGGAGAGCUGGCUCACUGUAAAAAGGUGCAUUAUAUCUGAAAUAGGGUAUUGAGCCUAUUGAAACCCUGCUUUCUUAGCAGUUCAUCAGAUAUUCUUGUUCCCAUUGAUUUUACCCCCAUUUUCCCUAGCUUGCCUGUGUGGGCUUAGCUUAAAGUGUGGAGGUAGCUCCCUGUGAAGCUGUUUACUAUUGGGGUGCUAUGUGCUAUCUGUCGUAGCAGACUGAUAACUCGAUGUUGGCUUGAGUAAGACUCUGCAUUGUCACCAUUACUCACCUUUUAUCCCUAAUAAGACAAUUUGCAAAAGAUCCUUACCAGGCUUUGCAGAGAAAGUGACAAAAGCCUAAUGCAGUGACAGUGUUCUGGUGACAGAGUUGGCACGUGGAGCAUGUAACCACCUGCUCUGAAAGUAGUGUUUUGCUGUUUACAAUACUGUACUUCAUUUUCAUUUUUGCUUUUCAUUUAAACAUUCAAAGUAGUGUUUUAUUUAGAAAAUCUAUAUUGUAACUAAAAAGAAUUACAGUACUGUAUUAUUUAGCAAAUAAUUUUUAAAUACUGGACAGUACUUGUACAGUCUUUUGAUAUUUAGUGGAAAGUUUCAUAGUGCAGAACUAUACUGUAUGUUGAGCCCUAAAACACUUGCACAUGUUUAGAUUGUUUGUGAUUGGUGAGCACUCUGUAGCAGCAUGUAGGAAAACCUUGUUACAAACAUGGAAUAACCUCUUAACGUGCUAUUAGAAAAAUCUACGUAAGUAAUUUCCCUAAGUGCAGAUAUUUUUCUUUGAUGUGGUAAUAUGUUAUAGUAUUCCUGAUUCUUGAAAAUGAUUGUCCAUUCUCUUUGAUUAUUAGGUGUCACCAGUGAUCUUGUUCUAUAAUUUAUUUGUUGUAAAUUUCCAUAUUGUUCCGUAAGAAUGCCUUGUUGUAGUGGCAUGAAACCUACAACAUUAAUACUGUAUAGAAUCAUUAGACUAUUUUUUUAAAUAUUGGAAAGUGUUGCCCAAAAUUCUGUAUUUGUCAUGGUGCCUUACCAAGAGUUUGACCUGGAAAAGGUGCCUCAUUG